UAUUUCGUUGUCUGUUGGAAAACUGUCACCACGCUGUCACAUACGACCACCUGUUACGUUGACAGAACACCGACCCAAGCAAAAUGGUUAUUGCACUACGCAAAGUUCUUAUUAGCGAUGAAGUGGACCCAAAAUGUGUGAAGAUCUUGGAAAAUAAUGGAAUCGAAGUGAUUAAAAAUACCAAGUUGUCAAAAGAGGAAUUACUCGCAGAAAUACCGAAAUAUGAUGGCUUAAUAGUAAGGUCAGCGACCAAGGUCACGGCUGAUGUUAUAAAUGCUGCAUCAAACCUGAAGAUCAUUGGUCGAGCAGGGACUGGUGUGGACAACAUCGACUGUCAGGCCGCGACUCGGAGAGGGGUCAUCGUCAUGAACACACCUGGCGGGAACACACUGAGUGCUGCAGAACACACCUGUACCCUUGUUAUAGCCAUGACCAGGGAGCUGUCUUUAGCUGCUCAGUCCAUGAAAGAAGGAAAGUGGGACCGCAAGAAGUUCAUGGGAUCGGAACUGAACGGCAAGACACUGGGAAUCAUUGGCCUGGGGAGAAUAGGAAAGGAAGUGGCACAAAGAAUGCAGUCCUUUGGAAUGAGGACGAUAGGAUACGACCCGAUUAUCGGAGCUGAUGUGUGUUCCGAGUGGGAUGUUGAAUGGCUGCCUAUGGAACAAAUUUGGCCUCAAGUCGACUACAUCACCGUUCAUACUCCUCUCAUCCCACAGACAAAAAAUUUGAUAAACGACACAGUGUUCAGUGCAUGUAAGAAGGGCGUGCGAGUGGUCAACUGUGCCCGGGGGGGCAUCAUUGAUGAGGAUGCCCUGCUCCGGGCUCUGGAGUCGGGGCAGUGUGCUGGAGCCGGUCUGGACGUAUUUGUGGAGGAGCCCCCGAAAGACUCUCCCAUAGUGAAGCACCCGAAGGUAAUUGCCACGCCUCACCUGGGAGCCAGCACGAUAGAAGCACAGACUCGUGUUGCCGAGGAGAUUGCUCAGCAGUUUGUGGAUCUCACCAAGGGAACCAGUCUGUUUGGAGCGAUAAACGCACCUGCCCUGGCCAAUGCCCUGAGUCCAGAGACAAAACCACUGGUCAGUUUAGGAGAGGGCCUGGGAAGUCUGGCUUCGGCCAUCGCAGCCGGUGCCUCCAAGAGUGUCCAGCUCACAACAUAUGGUGCAUCGUUGAGCAACGCGGGGAGGUACCUGAACGCAGCUGUGUUGGUCGGCUACCUGCGCAACCAGGCAUCUGGUGACCAGCCACAGCUCAAUCUCGUCAACUCACCUGUACUAGCCAAGGAGGCAGGCCUACAGGUUGAUGUAAAACAUGAAGAUACCAUCCCAGGAUCCUUCUGCUGUCUUGUUGCCCGUGACGAUACAGACUAGCGGGGGACCCAUCACAAUUAAAGGAACUGUGUCUGGGUCCAAUGCCACUCUGGUUGAGAUCCAGGGAGCUGCUUUCUCCUUUCCCCCAGUUCUUAGCGGACCAGCCUUAGUAUUCAAGGGGAACAACUCUGCUCUGCUUUCAGUAGCAAAUGGACUGGAGAAGGUGGGGUCGAGACUGACAAGCCUGUCCCUAUCACAGGAGGUGGAUUCUGCCCUGUGGGGGGUGGUUCACCUGGACAAGCCACUUAACAGCAGCUUCAGCACCGUGGGAGACUCCCUGCAAGCUGCACACCAGAUUGUGUUUUAGAAAUCUGUAACUGGCUUCAGUCUUUGUUGUGUAAUACAAAAUAUCUGUUGUA